AGUGCGCUCAUCCUUUCAAUCCCUAUCAAGGCAAAACCUGAAAAGAUGCUGACUAUUUCGCUGAUAUGGGGAGUAGUUGUGGCUGUGUGCUGCUUCUUCUGGCUUAUUGUUGGCAUUAGAAGACGACAACCCGGAGAGCCGCCUCUGGAAAACGGCUUAAUUCCCUACCUUGGAUGUGCCUUGCAGUUUGGUGCCAACCCUCUAGAGUUUCUCCGAUCGCGGCAGAAAAAAUAUGGAGAUGUCUUCACCUGUAAAAUUGCUGGAAAAUUUGUGCACUUUGUGACUGACCCAUUUUCGUUUGAUCUAGUAAUGCGUCAUGGGCGUCACUUCGAUUGGCAGAAGUUCCACUAUUCAACAUCUGCCAAGGCAUUUGGACAUAGCAGCAUGAAUCCUGUUGAUGGCAAAACCACUGAAAAUAUACAUGAAACAUUUAAGACCAUGCAGGGAGAUGCCCUGGACCCGAUGAUUUCUUCCAUGAUGGAGAAUCUUCAACAUGCAAUCUUGAAGUCUGUGGCAUCCAAAGAAAAAGAAUGGUCCAAAGAGGGUCUCUAUGCCUUCUGUUACCAAGUAAUGUUCGAGUCUGGUUACUUAACCCUUUUUGGCAAAGAGUGGAACAAUAAAAAUGACACAAGUUUAGCUAGAGAGGAAGCACAAAGAGCCCUUAUCCACAAUGCCAUUGAAAACUUCAAAAAAUUCGACAGAAUCUUUCCUGCGCUAGUAGCAGGUCUACCCAUACAUGUCUUCAAAUCAGCUUACAGUGCCAGGGAGAACCUAGCAAAGGAUCUGUUCCAUGAGAAUCUCAGGAAAAGAAUCAACCUCUCAGAGAUUGUCAGCCAUAGGAUGUUCAUGAAUGACACAGUUUCCACUCUAAAUGAUUCAGAUAAGGCAAAGACCCACUUGGCGCUCCUCUGGGCAUCGCUAGCUAACACCCUUCCUGCAACGUUCUGGAGUGUCUACUACCUCCUUGGAUGCCCAAAAGCAAUGAAGGCAGCCACCGAGGAGAUCAGCCAGGCUUUGACAAAUGCUUCUCAGAAAGUCACCUUUGAUGACAAGUUCAUUUUUCUCAAUCGUCUUCAGCUGGAGGAGAUGCCGAUUUUAGACAGCAUCAUCAAGGAAUCAAUGAGGCUAUCCAGUGCAUCAAUGAACAUCAGAGUGGCCAAGGAGAAUUUUACCUUACAACUUGAAGAAAAGGGGGUAUAUGGCAUCCGUAAAGAUGACAUUGUCGCCCUCUACCCGCAGACCGUUCAUUGGGAUCCUGAAGUUUAUGAGGACCCCAUGGUAUUCAAAUAUGAUCGUUUCCUAGAUGAGAAUGGCAAAGAGAAGACAAAUUUUUACCUCAAAGGAAAGAAAUUAAAGUAUUACUACUUGCCGUUUGGGUCUGGGAGAACCAAAUGCCCUGGACGUCAAUUUGCCGUGCUUGAGAUCAAACAGUUACUGACUCUCCUGAUUUCUUACUUUGAUAUGGAACUUGCAGAUAAAAAUGCAAAAUGCCCACCCCUAGAUCAGUCCCGUGCAGGCCUAGGCAUUUUACCGCCCACAAAUGAUGUUGAUUUCCGAUUUAGACUGAAAGCUCACUAAAUGAAACUACACAACGUAGAUCAUCACAGUACACAUUGACCAUUGCUAUAUUAUGGAGGCCGUCAGGUUUUUAUUGUCUUUUGCAACAACAACAAUGGGGGAGAAUUAUCAAACUGGUGUAAAGUAGAAGUGGCUUAGUUGCCCAUGGCAACCAAUCAGAGUCCACCUUUCAU